GUUGCCAGGAAACGUCCAUCAAGCGGUGUCUUGCUGCAAAAACAUACACAAACGGUCUGAGAAAGAAAUGUGGUUUUAGGAAAGGAUGAAUGAUUAAAAACGGCAGUUCCUAAUCACGUUUUUUUUUUAGAUUAAAAAACGAAUACCCCGAGGUACGUUUUCUGAGCUCGUGCUAAAGGAAAUAUGACACUGACUCCGAUUAAGGAUGGCGAAUAUACAGCCACAAUCUACAAAAUGAUUAGAGAUGGGAGAUACGGAGACGCUAUCCACAUCCUAAGUAAUGAACUGCAGAAACAGCUUAAAUCCAGAGCAGCCCUGUCUCUCUUGGGCUAUUGCUACUAUCGUAUUCAAGACUUCACCAAUGCCGCCGAAUGUUAUGAGCAACUGACCCAGCUCCACCCUGAAGUGGAGGAAUACAAGCUGUACUACGCCCAGUCCCUCUACAAGGCCUGUGCCUUCCCAGAGGCCAUGAAAGCCACAUUCCUGCUGGACAGCCCAGGGAAUCAGAUUAAGAUGCUAAAGCUGCAAGCUGCUAUCAAAUAUGGAGAAGAAGAUUUAUCUGGUGCAAAGAGCCUGGUGGAGCAGCUGCCUUCCAGCGACCCAGACUAUGAAGUCAAUCUUGGCUGUUUACUCUAUAAGGAAGGGGAGUAUGACCAAGCCUCCAAAAAGUUCAUAAACGCAAUGCAGGUGAUCGGUUAUCAACCAGAUCUAUCGUACAACAUAGCACUUUGUUACUACAGUAUGAAGCAGUACGCCCCGGCGUUGAAAUACAUUGCAGACAUUAUAGAGCGUGGCAUCAGGGAGCACCCAGAGCUUAGCGUUGGCAUGACAACGGAAGGUAUCGACGUGAGAAGUGUGGGCAAUACACUCGUGCUGCAUGAAACGGCGCUCAUCGAGGUGUUCAAUCUGAAGGCAGCCAUUGAAUACCAGCUGAAAAACUAUGAUGCUGCCCAGGAGGCCCUGACUGACAUGCCCCCACGAUCGGAGGAGGAGCUUGACCCGGUGACUCUUCAUAAUCAAGCUCUUAUGAACAUGGACUCCAGGCCCACGGAGGGCUUCGAGAAGCUGGCGUUCCUCCUCCAGCAGAACCCCUUCCCCCCGGUGACAUUUGGAAACCUCCUACUUCUCUACUGCAAAUACGAAUAUUUUGACCUGGCUGCAGACGUUCUAGCUGAAAAUGCUCAUUUGACGUACAAGUUUCUCACUCCGGAAAAUGUGAGAGCUACAGAAGGAGAGUAUUUGUAUGAGUUUCUAGAUGCCAUGAUAACAUGUCAGACUGCGCCAGAGGAGGCUUUUCGAAAGUUUGAUGAAGUUGCAGGGAAGCUAACUGAGCAGCUACGCAAACUGACCAAGCAGGUGCAAGAAGCAAGACAUAGCCGUGAAGAUGAGGCCGUGAAAAAGGCUGUCAGUGAAUACGAUGAGGCUCUUGAGAGGUACAUUCCAGUGCUGAUGGCUCAGGCCAAAAUUUACUGGAACCUGGAGAACUAUCACAUGGUGGAAAAGAUCUUCCGCAAAUCCGUGGAGUUCUGCAAUGAGCACGAUGUGUGGAAACUGAAUGUGGCUCAUGUCCUCUUCAUGCAGGAGAGCAAAUACAAAGAGGCAAUUGGGUUCUAUGAGCCGAUUGUUAAAAAGCACUAUGACAACCUGGAGCAGUGUAACAUUCAAGAAUGUCCUUGCAAGAGAAAAACUUCGAUCCUCAAUGUAAGUGCUAUCGUCCUAGCCAAUCUCUGCGUGUCCUACAUCAUGACCAGCCAGAAUGAGGAGGCUGAGGAGCUCAUGAGAAAGAUUGAGAAAGAAGAAGAGCAGGUAUCCUACGACGAUCCAGAGAAGAAAAUCUAUCAUCUGUGCAUUGUUAACCUUGUGAUAGGAACCCUGUACUGUGCCAAAGGUAAUUACGAUUUUGGUAUUUCUCGUGUGAUCAAGAGCUUAGAGCCCUACAACAAAAAGCUUGGGACAGACACAUGGUACUAUGCUAAGAGGUGCUUCCUCUCCCUCUUAGAAAACAUGUCAAAGCACAUGAUCAUGCUAAGAGAUAGUGUCAUACAAGAAUGCAUCCAGUUUCUGGAGCACUGUGAGGUUUAUGGGAAGAAUGUACCAGCCCUCAUUGAGCAACCUCUGGAGGAGGACCGAAUGCACAUUGGAAAGAAUACAGUCACAUACGAGGCUCGCUUGCUGAAAGCAUUGAUCUAUGAAAUUAUUGGGUGGAACCAGUAGGGUAAUCAAUACUUUAUCUUCUUUUACAUAUAUCCCUAUAAAAUACACAGUGGUCUCUGUAAAAAGAGAACACGCACAACAGAUUAUGUACUAUAUAGAAGUAUAUAUCAGUGGUAAUAAGUUGGAUUGCCCUGUUUGGCGUAUAACAUAUUCAGCUCCUGGAAAAUGAGAGAUAUUUGCACUUUUCUAUAAUUCACUUUUUUGUCAAGACAAGCUAAAAACAAACACUGACUCGAACUUUUAACUUUAACAUUUUACAGUUGCCAGUGUGCUUUUAGUCUCCUGUAAUCAUACAUCAUUUAAAGUGGUACAGAGUGUACAGAGAAACCCAUAGAGUAAAAGCAACACUGUUAAAUGUGUUUUUAUAUUUUGUUACGAGUGAAAAAUGAACACUUUAUAUUGUUUCUUUGUAAAAAAGUUUUGUUUUAGUCUCACUAAGUUUUCAGUGUGUGUACAAAUUGCAAUGGAUGUUUCACUGGACUGUAAUGUUUAUUUUUUAUAGUAAUAAAAGAGGACUGGAUAUCUGA